GAUUAUAUAUAUACAUAUAUGUCCACUACCCGAGAGCAAUUGCAGUGCAUACCAUGGCUUCCCUUCAAUCUUUAUGCACGGUGGUUGCUCCCAAUCCCGGCCACCGCACUGCGACCUCUUCUAAGCCUUUCUCCGCCAAGCCAUCCCAUUUUCUCACUCAUGCAAGUCGCCGCCACCGCUUUCAGGUCUCCUGCAAAGGUGUUGCAAACCAGGAACCUACAGCGGACGGAAAAGUUGACCGCAGGAACAUGCUUCUUGGCUUGAGUGGUCUGUAUGGCGCAGCCAACCUCGUCUCUGAUCCACAGGCCUAUGCAGCUCCUAUAGAGGCGCCCGAGUUCAAGGCUUGUGGUGAGGCCCGCGACGUAGCCACCGGCGAUCUUCUUGACGUCAACUGUUGCCCACUGCCGUCGGAUAAGAUCAUAGACUAUAAGCUUCCGCCGGUUAACAAGAUGCGCAUUAGGCCGGCCGCUCAUAAAGUCACCAAAGAAUACUUGGCCAAGUUUGAGGAAGCUAUUAGGCGGAUGAAAGCGCUCGACAAGGACGAUCCAACCGAUCCUCGCGGGUUCAUGCAGCAAGCCAAUAUCCAUUGUGCUUACUGCAACGGCGCCCACGAUCAGGUUGGAUACAAGAAUCUCGACAUUCAGGUGCACAAUUCUUGGCUCUUCUUUCCCUUUCACAGGUGGUACUUGUAUUUCUACGAGAGGAUUCUUGGGAAAUUGAUUGAUGACCCAACUUUUGUGUUGCCGUUUUGGAAUUGGGACAACCCCAAGGGCAUGCAAAUGCCCAAGAUCUUUGAUAACACUGGGUCACCUCUCUAUAAUGCGAACCGCAACCAGGCCAACAGGCCCCCAGCUAUCAUCGAUCUUGGCUUCUCGGGGGCUAGCGAUGAUCUGCAGAAAGUGGUGAACAACCUCACUGUGAUGUACAGUGAAAUGAUUCGCAGCGUCAACUCCACUAUAGAUUUCAUGGGGCAGCCUUAUAGAGCUGGAAACUCACCCAGCCCGGGCAUGGGCUCAUCGGAGCGUGGCUCUCAUGUGGCUGCCCACGUGUGGGUUGGAAACCCGAAGAAUAAAUACAGAGAAGACAUGGGAAAUUUCUACUCUGCCGGAAGGGACACGCUGUUCUAUUGUCACCACGCUAAUGUCGAUAGGAUGUGGUCGAUAUGGCGAACCCUGAAGACCGACGUUCCAAAGGACAUUACAGAUCCAGAUUUCUUAAACGCUGCGUUCUUGUUCUACGACGAAAAUAAGCAGCUCGUGCGUGUAAAAGUUGCCGACUGCCUAGACCACAGGAGAAUGGGAUACGACUUCGAAAGGGUGGAUAUUCCAUGGUUGAACUACAAGCCACCGAGGAAGGCCGCCAAAGCAAAAGUUGAGACGAUUUCGCAGGGUGCCCAGAAGCCAGAGGAUCUCUUCCCUCUCAAUCUGAAAAAGAUCACCAGGGUUUUGGUUCCCAAGUCCGCCAAGGGAAAAGCCGACGAGGUGCUGGUUCUUGAAAACAUAGAAACAGACACGACCAAGUUCAUAAAGUUCGAUGUGUUCGUAAACGACGAAGAUGAUAAUGCCGAAGAGCUGGACAAGGCUGAGUACGCAGGAACUUUCGCGCAGGUGCCGCACAAGACUAAGGAUAAGAAGGGCAAGUCCACCAUUAGUCUGAGAUUGACGGAGUUGUAUGAGGACAUUGAUGUAGCUGAUGAUGAUACGAUAGUGGUGACCCUCAUUCCAAGAUCCAAUGGGGAUGACGUGACCAUUGGUGGUAUCAAGAUCAUUCCAUCGCCUCCCAGAUCAGGGUGAAAUGGGAUCUUCAGCCAACAUAUUUUCUGAUUCUCGGCAGUUGGAACAUCUUUCGAGCAUUUGAUGGUGUGUUCUGUUUCCAUUGCAAGAAAUUUGAAGUAUUUCAAUGAGUUGUGCAUCGUUGUAUUUUGUUCUUGGGUUGCGACUUCUUUACUUCGUACCUUGUUCUUGAUCGGAAUAUAGUCAAUUAACUGUUAGUUUCAUAUCCCA